AUGGGCCUAUCACCCAUCGUGCGUAACAUCCUAAUAGGAAUUCCUAUCGGAGUGACGUUUGUCUACAACGUCGGGACUAUCGCACGUGUUGAUGGAGUCUCUAUGCAGCCAACGUUGAACCCUGAUUCAAAAACAACUGACUACGUAUUUUUAAGUCGCUGGAAGAUCCGCAAUAACGAUUUCAACCGAGGUGACAUUAUAUCUUUUGUGUCACCCAAGCAUCCCGACCAGACGUUGAUAAAGCGCGUGAUAGGUCUGGAAGGUGAUGAAAUUAACACAAUUGAAUACAAGCUUCCGUACGUGAGGGUACCAAAAGGUCAUUGCUGGGUUGAAGGCGAUCAUACGGGCUACAGUGUUGAUUCUAACACAUUUGGUCCCAUUUCUUUGGCUCUAGUGACUGCUCGAGCGAGCUGCAUCGUCUGGCCGCCUAGUAGGUGGCAGAUGCUCACUCCAGAUUUGCCAAAACACCGUAUUCCUGCCAAGCUGGUGGAUCAGCACCAAUUAAUUAGUAAUUAG